GGUUUAGAGGAGCGUAUCUGUGAAGAUCCAUGGUGAAAAAGGCAGGACAAGCUGAAACUUGUUUUCAUGAAACUUGUUUUCAUUGUCGAUUAAAGUUAGAAAGUUAAUUUAUUAAUGGGGGUGACUUGAACACAUCGGUAAAAGUAUCAGUAGAAACAAACAUAAUUUACCUCUAUAUCAUAAACAUUAAUUUUACCUCUAAAUCAUAAACAUCCAUAACAAUAUAGCACUGUAUCAAACAUAUCAAUUAUUUCAGUUUUAUGCUUAGAAUACUCUUUUAUGUUUGAGUGGAAUUUCCCCAUUUACAAGUUCAAGUUACUCUGUGCCCUUUGGUUCAUGUCAUGAAACCCGUUCUUAUUUUCAUUUCAUUCAUCAAAUCAAAUACGAUACGGUGCAGUGCAACACGUGCAACAAUGCCUGCUGUGGCGUAUUGCAAAGAUAUCAAUGUCUUUAUGACAUUAAAGGCAUAUUCUUUUGUUUAUCAUAUCAAAUGCAGCAGUUUUUGUCUCCACGAAGACAUAUAUUUAUUAUUUUACUCCAACGAGGAAGCUGCCCAGGUGGAGUGGUGGAGCUGGUGCAAGUUCAUAACAGAGGAUACGCCCAGAUUUGCAUACCUCUAGGAUGGGAAUGCUAGCUAUCUUGUCUUUUAUGGAGGCUGAGAGAAACAGAAGUAUGAAAGUGAAGAAGUCCAGCUAUUAUUUUAAUGGAGGCCAAGAGGAAGACACGAAAGUGUGGGCAACCUACUCGUGGAUUCCAUUUUUGAUGUGUAUAAUUGUGCCGAUUUCUCUCAAGAGAAUGAGUUGGUCAGAGUCUAAAGAUGUUCUGCAAGGAGGUCAGGACAUUGUGAGAGGCAAGACUGGGCAAGAUAGACUUCAAACUGAGCUGCUACGUGGGGGUGUUUUUUGUUAUGAGACAUCCAUCAAUGCUGAACCUACCAGAUUGAAAGUUUUUCCAAAGCAUGAUCAAGUUCCUUUCCACCAGAAAUGUACAGGGCAUGGGCAAGGCAGUCUGGGGGAGAAAGGGACCAGAAAUUCUGAAAACACUUAAUAUCAAAUGUGGGAUGCUUUGACAUGGAACUGUGCUCAGGGAGAUUUGAUGAUUGCUCUCUUGACUUAUGUGAUCUUGGUGACAUGUGCCUGGAUGUCACCCCCUUCAUCUUUGUGUAGUAGUAGCCGAGUUCAUCAACUUGUUCCAAGGCCAUUGAAUUCAGAUGGUCAAAGCUGACCAAGGCAUUCACCCCUCGUCCAUCCUGUCUAUUGAUGUUCAUCAGUUUUCAACUGGCCUUGACAGAUCUUCAAUUCUUUGACUCCAGCAGUAAAUCUGACGGAGCUCUGUUUUAUCUACACAAUCUUGUCAAUGAUUCAUCAGUUCUCAUGUUUGCAUUUGGUUCAGCAUGUUGAGGUUUAUUUUCAUCCAUGUGAUCCAGUUGAUAAUCCAUCAGUGUAGAAUCAGGCCAUCAAGUAAAAGAUGAAUGUCAUUCAGGUUUGUUAGUAUUGUCUUCCACUACUGCUGUUCUUGCAUGAAAUGGAGGUUAUGAAGGUUUUGAAAACCGAACAUCUACCAACACAAACAUGUUCAUGACAUCCAGUAAAUCUUCAUAGUACUGGUGUAUGAGGGAGUGGAUGGUAACACCAAGUCUAUGGGAACCUCAAGUAUGGAAUACUACUCUUCAUUCUAUUGUUUGGUACAAAGCUGAAAGACAGCAAACUCUUCUCAUUCUGCAAGAUAGAGGUACAGGUAGCUCAACUGGAUGAGAUACACAUCUGUAAACAAGCAGUUGCCACUUAACACAGUUACUAAUCAGUCAAGGCUUCAUGUUCAGUGUUGACUUGUGGUUAUCUAUUUUUUGUUGUAAUAGACAAAUUCUAACAGAAUUCAUAUUUUUGUGAAUGGCCCUCGGUUACACAUGUCAUAGUUGUGUGCUUGGCUUUUUCUAAGUGUUCACCUUUAACCUCGGCAAAAUAAUCUUUGAAUGGGGAGGGGGUCUACUAUAUACUAUAUAAUCAAUAGAUCCUUUUAUGGAGCAGAUGUUUUGCUGAUUAUUUUGUUUUGAAUAUCUGAAAUGUUAUCUCAUUGCAAUGAUUAUGGCAGCCAUUCUUUAUUUUGCUAAUUGAUCUAUGAAGUAAAAAGCAAUAGAUGAUAAAUAAGAAUGUAAAAUUAACAUCUUUUAUUAUAAUGGCAAAUAUAACUUUGUUAUAUUCGUUUCGUUCCAGACAGCCUGGACGGUGGGGUAUUGUGCCACAGGUAUUAGAGCUUUAGAUUGUUUUUGUUUUGCCCUGUACAAUUGCCAGCAUUGAGCUUCAAAUGUUGUUCUUCCCAUCCUCAAAAUCUCGACAAGAAAGUGAUAAAUGCAGCUUCUAACUUAAUUGGCCCCCUUUCCACAACUUGCUGCCUCAUCAAACAAAUAAUUUACAGGAUUUGGCAGACUCUCUGCGGCCAUGUUAAAACUGCAUUUUCUAGUAUUUUUUUUAAUGUAUGGGACCUGGGUGUUUAAUUUUGUGGUGAAUGGACCUGCAAAAUCGUCUCUACAGAAGCAUUGUUUGCUAUUCUUGAAGAAAGAAGUAGGUCCUUUAGGAAGUGCAGGGCACUUGCUAGUGUAGUGUAGCACAGGAACGUUUUGGGUGGGGGAGGAUCUGUUACUUAACAAUAUAAAACAGUGCAGCGGAAGGAUUUGAUACAAAGAAUCCCACCCUGUCCGUCUACAGAGGUAGAAAUUUGAUAUAUACUCGUGUUGUAAUUAUUUUUAUAUGUAAUAAUCACACAUCACAGAAUCAACAACAUUCACACUAUGUCAUUAACUAAUGUAAAUAUAAUAAAAUAAACUAACAUACACACUAUAUAGGAUGUGUGUUCCUUUAAUUCUAAACUAAUAAAUGAACAUUAUGUAAAUGAUAUUUACAAAGAUAAGAAAAUAAUGUAACGACAAGUUACAUAGUUAUUCAAAAUGAUGUGAAUGUAUAGUUCAGAUGAUACUCAAAGCUUAAUUGACUGAAAAUUUCUUAAAAACAGUUGUCAAACACUACUUUUCAAGACUAAUCAUGACAUUAAAACUAACAUAACAUUGAGCAUGUUGAGGGUCUCAGUGCAGAAAUAAAUUAAGGACGCUAUUUAUGGUCGGGUUAAUCAUUGACCUAAGAAUCAGGAAAAUCUGGAAUUAGUGAAGGAAGAUGCUUUCUCUCCAUCUCAAGAGUUGUGAAGAGGAUGCCUCCAGUGCUGUAUAAAGGUAUUUUCAAACAAUAUCAUUAUUUUGGGGAAGAGUUGUGUAUAUUUUAACUAGUGAUAAUUGUUGAUCCUUGGUCAUCUCUAUAACAAAUAAAAACCAGUAAAAAUUAAUUCCUCGUCCCUUUAGGGUAGCAAAGAUAGAAGAGUCCAUAAAAUUUUCCUCUAAAUACUCCUACGUCAUUCACGUCAUUAUUUCUAAGAAUAAUGUCCACCAGACCCCGAAUCACACUACCCAGAACUGACCACAGGCCCGCUUAUCCGCUCUCUCUCCUCCAGUAUGUACAAAUGUCACAAAAACUCUGUUCUGACCAUCUUAUUCUGGAUGUUCAGUAUCCCUACAAAGGGGAGGGGGUGGGGGUAGUACUUAAAACAUUUAGCAUCAAAAGGGUGCUUCACUAUGUUGAACUAGAAUAAAAGACGCAACUGCUGAUUUAUGCAGCCCAUGAUAAGAGUUACCACAACAGGUUUUGGAGCUUUAGAUUGUUUUUGUUUUGGCCUGUACAAUUGUCAGCAUUGAGCUGCAAAUGUUCUCCUAUCGCAAAAUGUACAAAGAAAUGUCGAAUGUAGCGGAUCAUUACAUUGGCACCCUCAUCAACAUGCCUCAUCAACCAGAUAAUUUACUUGAUUUGGCAAACCCUCCGCAGCCAUAACAAAAACGAGGCAUUUUCUUGUAGUUUUAAAAUGUAUGGGACCUGACUGAUUAGGAUUAUGUGGAUAAUGGACCUGUUGUGCGAAAUUGAAACUAUAGUGAAAGGAUACAGGCUUGGAACACGGUCUAGAUUGUUGAAGAUGUUGAAUUCCAAGUCCUUCAGCAAUCUACUUUGGUUAUAAUGUUCCCUCUCUCAUCUUGCAGCUUCCAGAUGAAGUUCUUGUUGGCAAAGUGCUGCAGACUUUCCUUCCUCAGGUACAUUGAUCUGUGUUUAAAAAAUGAUAUGAAAUAAUGAUUUUAAUUCGUACAUCACCAAAGUACAUUCUCUAAAGUCCGAAAUUUUUUGAACCUGGAAAUAACACUUUAUUUCUAUAAAAUAAAAACAUGUUACCUGUCGUAUCAUCAAAUUUUUGUUCUGGCAGGUCCAGCACAGGUCUGUGAUAGGUUGCUAACAACAAUAUAGGGUAAUGACUAUCUGGCUCGCUUAUUCGCUCUCUCUCCAGUAUGUACAAAUGUCACAAAAACUCUGUUCUGACCAUCUUAUUCUGGAUGUUCAGUAUCCCUACAAAGGGGAGGGGGUGGGGGUAGUACUUAAAACAUUUAGCAUCAAAAGGGUGCUUCACUAUGUUGAACUAGAAUAAAAGAUGCAACUGCUGAUUUAUGCAGCCCAUGAUAAGAGUUACCACAACAGGUUUUGGAGCUUUAGAUUGUUUUUGUUUUGGCCUGUACAAUUGUCAGCAUUGAGCUGCAAAUGUUGUUCUCCUAUCGCAAAAUGUUCAAAGAAAUGAUGAAUGUAGCUUAUCAUUACAUUGGCCCCCUCAACAACUUCAUCAACAUGCCUCAUCAACCAGAUAAUUUACUUGAUUUGGCAAACCCUCCGCAGCCAUAACAAAAACGAGGCAUUUUCUUGUAGUUUUAAAAUGUAUAGGACCUGACUGACGAGGAUUAUGUGGAUAAUGGACCUGUUGUGCGAAAUCGAAACUAUAGUGAAAGGAUACAGGCUUGGAACACGGUCUAGAUUGUUGAAGACGUUGAAUUCCAAGUCCUUCAACAAUCUACUUUGGUUAUAAUGGGCCCUCUCUCAUCUUGCAGCUUCCAGAUGAAGUUCUUGUUGGCAAAGUGCUGAAGACUUUUCUUCCUCAGGUAUAUUGGUCUGUGUUUAAAAAAAGGAUAUGAAAUAAUUAUGUUAAUUCUAAAUUCGUACAUCACCGAAGUACAUUCUCCAAAGUCAGAAAUUUUUUGAACCAGGAAAUAACACUUUACGGCAACAUAAUUAGAGAAAGGUGCUAUAACGCUCACAAUGGGCAUAUGAAAUUAAGCAGUCCAUUGGCAAGCAUUAAAAAUAUCAAAGUAAUACACGCCAUUAAUGCAAAACCCCAGAAGGUCAAAAUCAGUAAACAAAAAGUGGAUUUGAUAUUGGUUUUUCCCAUGAGAGCAUUAACUCCCUAGUGAGCAAUGAGAUCAAUUGCCUUGUCAAAUGAAGUGUAAUUCACGGAACAUAAAUCGGAAUCAAUGUGAUCAUUAACCGAAGCCCCAUGAGGAGAGGAUAGAUGCUGAAUAAGAUGGAAUUAUCCCGGAUUUCGCUUGGGGACGAGCCCUACCGGGGAGCAGCGGAAGUUAUUGAAAGGCGUUCGGUGUCUAUGACAGCCCAGGAACGAUGUGUAUGUCGGGCCUGACUUAACCGAAAUUGAAUGUCAAAAGCAUGCCAAUUGAACCCUCCAAAACGCACUAAAGAGCGAGCGAUAUCCAUAUAUUUGAGGAGCUUGUGCUCACACAUGCAGUGCCACUCCAAGUAUAUGGACGUAAAUAAGGAAAGCAGAAGUCCACUGCUCUAUGCUAGCGAUUGCUGGAGCCUUGCUUUAGUGGGCUAAGUAUUAAAGCCAACCCGGUGGCACAAAGGCUGAAAGCCUGCAACUGGGAAUUUUCCUCACUUAAGCUUUCCCUCUUUAGCAAUCCUAACUCCACAAACCCUUCCAAAUCUUCUCCUUAACACUAGAAUGCACCUCACCGCCCAAAACAUCACACACGCAGAUAAGCAUAUCUGGCUGCGUAGGAAAAGGAGGGUUGAGGGCUGGUGUAUUACUAUCAUGACUAUAAAGCUCCUCAGCCACAGGGGCAGGAGGGAUGGAAGGGGGAGCUUGAGAUUGAAUUUGGGAAAUGACCGGCUCUUGUGGAGAAGUUACAAGAGGCCAGGAACCCCCAUUGCCCCGAACUCACCGUUGGUCGCUGAUGCCGAACUUCCAGCAGCUGGACUUCCGUGUUGAACUAUAAACUUGGCCGAGGUCUGUCUUGAGGUGGACAAGAGCAGGCUGGCUGGUGGCAUCCCAGACUGAACGACGAGUAGAUUUCCUCUGGUUGGACUUUUUGCUUGGCUUAACCUUCGGCAUGAUUGGAAUAAUGCAGGGGAGGCGAUGAAAUUGAUAAGUCUUGAGGUUAAACUGUGACUCCCAACAACUGAAAAGGCUAACAAACGGAUAACACUGAUAUGCAGAUAUGUUCCCAGAUAAGGAAAAUAGAUUUUUAAAUGGGAAGCGUUCUCUAAGAGCUAGGAAUGGGUUAAAACGAUAACCAAAAAGAUCACAAAACAGCGAAAGCGUCUAUGCCACUGACACAGUUUGUUACAAGAAAUUUCAAUACAGGAAAUAUGUUGCACAAAACGGGUGAACUGAAAUGGAAGAUGCUUUCCAAUCAACUCUAAGAAGAAGAAUGCUAACUAAUUAAAUUUUGGAUUUCGCCCCCUUCCGAAUUACCACGUCUGCUAAAGCGACGUAGCAUUUUUUAGCCACGCCUCAUGAUGUUAAAAAAAUAUCAAAAUUCGCUACAAGCAGUCUUUAAACCAUCAGUUUAGAAGUACAGAACUAAUACAUAAAUUAUGUUUAUACCUUAGCCUUCGUAUCACAUGUAGGAAGAAGCUUCACAUCAGCAGACUUCACACAAGGAAUCCUUCCUGGUAGUAGAAUGCAAUUCUGUGUGGUUUAGUUCAAGAUGAAACGAACUACACUCUUAACCUGAUCCAGGCACAAGGAUUUUUUUCAUGUCUGCCAUCUCGUAAGAAACAAAGUGAAAAUAUUCAUUUGCAUAAUUUCAGCAUUCAGUGAUAAAAUAAAAAAUAAAUGGAAAUCAAAACUUCUUGUAUUAUUGUCUAUAGAGUUGCUCACAUACUCGUAUGACUAAAACAAAAAUGCUAUGGAUGAGGAUUGAAUAAAUGCAGUCCAAAUAAUAAUAAAAUGAACACAUUGAAAACUGAAGAGCAUGUUAACUUUUACUCUUGAAAUGUCAACCAGAUUUUGAUAGUUUUUUAAUAUAAAAAAAAAGUAAAUUACCUUAUUUCUUCCUGCAUGGAACAAGACCAUGCUUCUGAAAUUGUUGUGACCGAGUGAACCAAUGAUUACCGAUAUCCAUGAGGUAGGAGAAGACAUUUCUGCAAACUUUUUUGUGUCCAUAGUUUAAGCUUUUCAUCCUAACCUGCUUGCGAGCUUGUGCUGUCUUCUUGGAUCUUGCCGUUGCUUUAGAGGUGUUGAGGGAUGAAGCAAUCACACCAAGGAGAAAGUGUCGUGUCAUCGAUGAUUAAAGGACCCUCGUCCACCAAUUCUUCCUUGAACACUUUCCAUAAAGAUUUGUCAAUCGGUUCCCUUAAUCCGCGCCGAUACUUUUCGGUUCUAAAUUUGACAUGGUUGUAGGCAUUUUUAUAGUUUAAAAGAGAACUGGGGGCCAUGAUUCCAAACCAACGGUCGCUCCUCCCUUUUUCCAAACGGGUAUAAUAGCGCCGCUUUUUGGGCUUUUCAAGUUUUCUCCACAGGUUGUAACUCUUUGGAACGGCCAUGCCUCUUUCCACCAGUCUCUUGCGUUCUUUGAGGUUUACAUAAGGAUAAUACCCAAAUUCUUUUAACUUCCAAACAUCCUCUGGACUUGCACCCUCCUCCCCCUCCUCUUCCUCCAAAGGGGGAGGGGUUACCAUCCUAUCAACGGAAGACAUUGCGUGACCCAUUUUUACAAUUUUAAAACAGAGCAAUUACGUCAUGCGACUGUUCGGUACUCAGGUAAAAACUAAAAUGAAAAUGGUUUUUAUUUUAAUACACUUUUUACAACCCGCCCGCACAAAGCACGCACACACAAACGACACGCGCGCUGCCGGAACUAUUUUUCUCUUAAACGAUACCGAUAGGCACCUCUCUAUGAGGUCUGAAGCACUAAGUCGCUUGAAUAUAGGCAAGUGUAGAUAAAGAAACACCACAUCAAGGUAAUGGUCUUUGUCUACCAUACUGCCUUUAUUUUUGUACUCUCACCAUUCGCCGUCUGGGCAGUACUGAUGACGCACUCCUUACAUAUCUUAGAUAAAACUUCACAAUCUAAUACCUCCCCAGUAUCCAUAGAAAUUACCAAUGCCACCCCAUGAUUGGAACGAUGGCCAUGCCUAUGCCAUGUCCCAUCAAAUGACACUGCCAUUUCCACCACAUUCCCCUCAUGCUGCCGUCUUCCUCCAUAGCAGCCCUCCAGAGGCGUUGGGCAGCUUCACACAUCUGUUGCUCACAAACCUAGAAAGCAAAAGGAGAGAAAAAAAAGCCUUGUAUAAAUACUAGCAUGUAUGAUGUCCCAAUUAAUACCUCUGUAGACUUUGAAGAGAGAUGAGCCAAAUGGGUCUGAAAACUGUGGUCGGCCACAGGAGGAACUCCUAAAGAGAGUAUGAUGAAUAGUUUAAAACUCCAUAAAACUUACCUCCUGGACAUGUAUGAGCAUUGCCAAGAGCAGCUGCCAGCAGUCCACCAUCAAUGAGAUAGCUGCCCUCUCAAGCUGCACAUGAUGGGACUGGGAUCAGAAAUUCCAGCCUGAAGCUUCCUUACCCACACUGGAUCAUUUAUUGGCUCUUCUUCGGUCUCCUGUCCCAUUUUCUGCCAUUUAACCACAUGAUGUGGUACCCCCCAUGAACCCCUUUCUUUUCUUAAUAUAUCCUUGCCUCUUAGGCAUCUUGAAUCUUGACGAUAUUUGCGAUUAUAGUGAUGAUGAAUAUGUGAGUAUGAAGCUCUCCGGAAUGUGGUAAUACAGAACAGAUGGCAAUUGUAAUCCUCAGGGGUGUUAGAGUUCAGAUUUUUUUGUUUUGAUUUUCAGCUGAAUUUCAGCUUAUAUUUGGCUUUCCUCUGUACAAAAAGUAUGGGAGCUCUUUCUAUUUCAGACUUAUUCAAUACCUUUCAGCUUUUUUCAGAUCUUUUUAUUUGUGACCACUCACACCCCUGAAUCCUAGAGGGGGUUAUCUAAGGUCAAACACCACUUAGUCUUGUAGUUCAGACCUCUCUCUACAAAAUGACAUUGGUCAAGAUUGUUAAAAUUGGAUGAAAAAUAAUACUUUUUAUUAACAAUUGAAAAUAGGGCGAAAUCACAUUACGGAAAUUCAUCCAAGGUCAAUAAAAAACAAUAGAUAAGUUGACUUUUAUCUCACACUUACAGGAUGAAGCUGACGAUGCUUUUAAAGGCUUUUGUGAACCUUUGUAAUUUUUAUGUUAAAUAACGCACUAUUCAUAUAAAUAUAUAUCAUAUUUUGUACUUGGAAAAUUGCAUAUAUUUUGUUAAAUCUGUAUCACUAAAAACAGAACAUUUGUAUCAUCUAUGAAUAUUACACAUUUUUUGAAAGUUUGUGUAUUUUAUUUACUAUUCUUAAUAGAUGAAAUGUUUUGUUGUGAGAGAUGCUUAUACUUUCAGACAGCCCUGUUUGUUAUACAUGGAUGUUCUGAAGAACAGCCUUUGGCUGAUGUAUAUCUACCAUGUCAAAAUAAAAUAAAUGAAAAUUAAAUAUCAAAGUAUAUACUUAUAAGAUGGUAUAUGUAGUAUAUUUUUUCUAUGUAAAGCUAUAUUUUAAAAAUAAAAUGUUGAAACUGA